CUUUUUUUCUUCACAUCUCUUUCUGCUUUUAACGCUCUCUAGAAGGCUACCACUCGAUGCCAGAGAUUAUUCAUUUGCAAGCUGGCCAAUGCGGCAAUCAGAUUAGUAAUGAGUUUUGGAAAACUAUUUCCGAGGAGCACGGCAUUCUACCGGAUGGAACUUAUUGCGGCACGAAUCCCAAGCAAAAAGAAAGACUUGAUGUUUACUAUACUGAAGGCAAUAACGGAAAAUAUGUGCCGAGAGCCAUAUUAGUAGACUUGGAACCUGGAACAAAGGAUACUAUAAUGGCCGGCCCUUACGGAAAUCUUUUCCAUCCCAACAACUUCGUCUUUGGACAAAAUGGCGCUGGUAAUAACUGGGCUAAGGGGCACUAUACUGAAGGAGCAGAGUUAGUCGAUGCCGUUAUGGAUAUCGUUAGAAAGGAAGCGGAGAACACUGAUUGUUUGCAAGGAUUUCAACUGACUCACUCUCUGGGAGGAGGGACAGGAUCAGGCAUGGGCACUCUCCUGGUGUCGAAAAUCAGAGAAGAAUUCCCAGAUCGCAUGCUUUGUACCUAUUCUGUAGUGCCCUCUCCCAAAGUGUCUGACACCGUUGUGGAGCCCUACAACGCCACGCUUUCUCUCCAUCAGCUCGUUGAAAACACGGAUCAAACGUUCUGCAUCGACAAUCAAGCACUCUACGACAUUUGCAAGAGCACUUUAAAGCUGACGGACCCCUCCUACUCCCAACUAAACAGCCUCGUCUCUAAAGUCAUGUCAGGCGUCACCACCUGUCUCCGCUUUCCUGGCCAAUUGAACGCUGAUCUGCGCAAAUUAGCAGUCAACAUGGUGCCAUUUCCUCGACUGCACUUCUUUAUGCCGGGCUUUGCUCCUCUCACUUCUGGCGCGUCGAAGUCUUUCAGAAACAUCACUGUUGCGGAUCUAACUCAGCAAAUUUUCUCUGCCAGCAACAUGAUGGCUGCUUGCGAUCCCGUUCACGGCAAGUAUUUGACGGUUGCCGCCAUGUUUCGCGGGGCCGUUUCUAUGAAGGACGUUGAUGAGCAGAUGAUGAACGUCCAAGCGAAGAAUGCCGACCGCUUUGUCUCAUGGAUUCCCAAUAACGUAAAAACAGCGGUGUGCGACAUUCCCCCCGUCGAUCUAGACAUGGCCGUGACUUUUAUUGGAAACAGCACAGCCAUUCAGGAUUUGUUUAAGCGAGUCAACGAGCAGUUUACCGCCAUGUUUCGGCGGAAGGCUUACUUGCAUUGGUACAUCAGCGAGGGCAUGGACGAGAUGGAAUUCACCGAGGCGGAAUCCAAUAUGAACGACCUCAUUUCUGAAUAUCAGCAGUACCAGGAUGCCACAGAGGACUACGAGGAGGACGAAGACGAGGACUACAACGAAUGAAACCAUGCUCUUGUGGUUUUUUUAACUGUUAAGUAGAAUCAUUUGUUUUAAUGUAUUGGUAAAUUUUCAUUUGGUUU